CCCUUUUCUAUUUAGUGCGCACCCGUAACCCAUGACAACCAAACAUGGAUUCCGGCGGCUAUGCCGCGGGUGCUGGUGCUGGGCCUGCGUCUCGCUCCCAGCUCCCAGGCUGGGUUAAGAGGAGGUCUCACUGGACUGGCCGCCGUGAAGGGAAUACUCUACAGAGAUAUCAAUACACCGUUACCAGGGAGCAGAGGAAGAAUUCACUGGAGAGAGGAGAGGACAAAGAGAGAACGGCUGGAAGAGAGUCUUCUGCUCCUUAGGCAACACCACAAGGAGACGUUGGAGCAGCUCCACUCUGAGGCUGAGAGGCUCCAGAGGGAAAACAGAGAGUUGAGUUUCCGUUUGAUAAUGUGUCGCUGUGAGCAGAGGGCUUCUUCCCCUCCUAGUCUCGAUCUCCCCACUGACAAAAAGGCAGCUGAGAGCGAAGUACGUCAACUACGACAAGCUCUGGCUGAGGAGAGGCACAGAAACAGCAGGAUUCUGGAGAUGCUGCAGAGCCAACUACAGACGGAUGAGGUGGAGGGAAGCUCUCGGGAGAACGGCCAAUUAAUCCUCGAAGGGACUGACCAAUAUCAACACCAAGGGAAGUCAGGUCUUCACCCGUGCGCACCUGGCACUAGUCUGGAGGUGAGGGCCAACUUCUGCCACCGAGACAAACAGGAGAGUAGUCAGGCAGGGAAUGACUACAUUAAACUGCCAGCUCUGCAACCCAGACUCCCUGGGGUGUGGCUGAGAGGCAGAGGAGACGACAGGCCAUGCAGAAGAGAGUCUCCAGAACUCGUCUUCCUCCUCUGCAGCCUCUGA